AUGGAAUUCGAGAUCAAGCCUGAUCCUGAACAUGAACUCAGAAAUUUUCAACUUCUGAUCCAUAAUGCUACCACGGGAAGGAAUAUACAGAAGAUUGAAGUAUAUGAUUUUUGCUGAUUUUUGAAGCUUGUUUUUUUAAACUGUUUAAAAUAAUUUUUUCGACAAACCGUUGUCAUGAAAUUAAGUUUGAAAAGCUUCAAAAAAAUUUUGGCUUGAAAGUUUACUCUAACUGAAACUUUACAGAGUUUGAUCAAGGACAAGUCGGAUGAUUAUAUCAAAAAGUGUCUCAAUAUGUUGUCCGACCACAAUCCUUUGGUUGAGGCUUGCGAAAGAGGUUUUCACGAUAUAGUGAGACUUUUCGUGAGUUUUCAAAAAAUCUUCCACCCAGUAAGUCUUUUUUAGGUUCGGUUGGGGGCUGAGCCCUUGUUUUCGUUUUGUAGGAAAAGCCACCUUACAGCUCUGGAAAUCGCCGUCAAAAGACUUGGUUCUCUGGAUGUAUGGAAAUUUAGCGAAAUUGUUUUUUUUUUAAUGUUUGUAAUUUGAGGUGCUCCGAGCUAUCGUCGAAGCAACGGAUUUUGAUUUGAAAUUGGCUUCCGAAAGAGUAGAAAUACCUCUUGUUUUCUUAGCGUGUCAAAGCAGCAAUUUGAAAAUGGGUAUUUGAACUAUUUAGUUAUUGGAAGUUUUGAAAUUUUUUUCCAGUAAAUUAUCUUUGUGAGCACGGCUUGAGUGUUCAAGAUCGCGACAGGGAAGGUUUGACCUGCCUUAUGAAGCCAGAGUUCUACAAAACGGAGGAAUCGGUUUAUCCAAAUUUUUAUUUUCAAAAAAUUCAUUUCAGGAAAGAAAUUUUAGGUUGAAGUGUUUCAUGGACUCUGACAUACUGGAAAGGUCGAUGAAAAUUCAAAAAAAAAAGCCGAAAACUUUGAUAACGGCUAUAGUCUGUGUGCCAAGACUUGUAAUUUCACCGAACGAUAUUCCGCUCUUCCGCUGCGUCGCGAAGCGUCUUUUGCGAGCCUCGGUCUCGCUUUGAAUUGUUUCUCAUUUCUGAUAGAUGGACUGUUCCUCUAAGAACACGUGUUGGUCGAGUUUUUAAAUAAAAUUUAAAAAUUAAAAAGCGGUCGAGAACGCAGCGGAACAUUGGAAUGUCGUUCGAUGAAAUUCCAAGUCGUGGUACACAGACUAUAUAAAUAUUUCGUGCAGUUCCUGAAUCAUUUUCAAAAUCAAAUCUUUCAAUUCGAGCUGAAAUUUGAAUACUUUAUGUUGAACGCAAUAGUUAAAACUGAGUUUCAGCGAAACGUCUUCAAAUAUUUGGUUGAGCAUGGCUUAUCAGUCGACGCCACGACGACCGAUGGUCAGGAUAUAUGUUCAGAAUCAAGAAAAUAAGUCUAAUUUUCAGGACAAACGGCGCUUCAUUUCGCUGCAAAGGCUAAGAAUUACCAUCUCGUUCAACUUUUGAUUGAUUCUGGCGCAAAAUUGAGCCCUGAUAAACACGGAUCUUCUCCUCUCAUUGCGACGGCACUUUUGACCACUUUCGAAGACCCUGAUGCGAGUUUUUCGACGGAAACAGUACUAUUUAAAAAAUUCUCUUUUUAUAACUGUUUGAAAAGUUUUCAUAAUUUUUGGUUCAAAAAAAUUACAUUUUUAUAAAUUUACCGAUUCGUUAACCGGAAGUUGGCGAAUGACUUGAAACGCGUGUUAAAAAUAUUAUUUGAUGAUUUUUAAAAACGUUUGCAGAGACCUUCUUAGGAAAUGUGUGUUCUGAGCUUGUUACCUGUACACGAAAACGCUAAACAAGGCCAAAAUUUCUAAAAAUGAAAAGAUGUUCUAGAGGGACAUUUUCGAACUCCUGUUGAACUACGCCAACGAUGAGAAAACGAGGAACGACGCCUUGUUGCUUAAUGCUGCGACCAUAAUUAUGGAAGGAUCUUUCAAUUAUCGCCUCAAACUUUACAAUAAAGAUGAUAAAAGUCCCUCCAACUACCUGAAAAGCGUGUUGGAGGCGGAUCUUUCAGAAAAGGUUGGAAGAGAAAAAAAAAUAGUUCAACUCAAUUCGCUCAGAAAGAAGAGAUUGAUGAAGAUAUUGAACCAAACCCGGCAUACGACUCUCUGUGGGAAGCGCGUUCCUACAAAGAAUUUGACGAGGCUGAAGAUUUUUGGAGGUUCGAAAUGAUGCAGGUUCGAGAUGAUUUUAGGUUUUGCUAUUUUAGUUUCAAAAAUUGCUCAUAUGGUAUAUAUUUAUAUUAAAUUUUUCAAACAAUCGUUUCACCAUCAUAUCCAGUUAGUCUGUUCAGAUUUUGAAUGUCAAGCAGCUAACUCCACCCCCAAGGCUACAAUAUCUUUCGCGUCAAUAUUUUAUCUACAGAUGACGAUGGCCCUUUAAUAAGGCUGCAUUUUUGACUUCAUUUCCUAUCUUUUUGAUCAAAAAAGAUCAAAAUUAGUCCCGCGCGGUAAAACAUCGACGCGAAAAGCUACCGUCUCAGCAGGGGCAAAAUUAGCUGCUUGACAUUCAAAAUCGGAACAGACCAUAUUUCGAGCAACUUCAAAAUUUUCUCGAUUAGAUAUUUCUGAAUAGUAAGUUCGUAUUAAUAUAAAGGCGUCAUUAGUUACGAACUUUCAGGAUUUUUUUUCUGGCUCGGUUAAAAGUGUUGAUUUUUCAUUGAACGGCGAAGUUUUAAUACUGACCGAGGAACUGUUCAAAAAAGAAAACCCAAAACGCAAUAAUUUUAUUUUGACGCCCUUGAUCAUUUUUAGUGUUUGAUCAUCCGGGAAAGGAUUCUCGGCCCGGCUCAUCCAGAAAUUCGAACCUCAUUGUACCGACUUCUACAAAACAAAACCGGAAUACAUCGUGUUGAAAUGUUCGUUUUCGUUUCACUGGAUAGAAUCAUUCAAUUUUGUCAUCGUCUAUGUAUAAAUUCUCUAUGAGAUGCUCAUGAAACUCAAUUUUUUUCAACUUUCAUUUCAAUAAUUUUCAGAAGCGACGCCAUGCUACUAUACACUCUUUCGCUUUAUCACCGGUAUCCAAAAAAUGUUUAAUUGAAAAGUAUUUUUUAGAUAUGAGCCUGAGAUCUCGUGCGAUCUCACCAGAAUCUUCGACUUGAAUUAUCGUCGUGUCCAAGAUUUGCCCGCUGGGUGGGCUUCUGUCAAACAAAAUCGACCAGUUCUGGACUUCUUGAUCGACUUUUUUGAUGAUAUCUGCCUCGCUUUGGAGAGGGUUCGUUUAAAAAAAAAUUUUGUUUGCUUUUUAAGCCGAGAUAUAAAUUUUUGAAGGUUUGAGUGACAAAAUUGACCCAAAAUAAGGAAAAUUCGAUAUUUCGAGAAACUAUAAGGGUUGAGAAAAUCCCUUCAGUCUAUAGGAAUUUGCUGAAAAUAAGUAUUUAGCUGAUUCACGGCUAGUUUGAGACGCUAAGGGGCGUGUCCUGUCUGCGCUCUCCACGAGCCAGGCGCUAUCUCUUUUAUUAUCGUGUCAGGACCCUUUUUUUGAUGGUUAAAGCGAGCCGUGAAUCAGCUAUACUUUCAAAGAUUCUGAUUUGAACUCAUUAGAAACUUUUUUUGCCUCAAUCUGUGGUCUGCCUAGUUUGAAGCUUUCUAACUCGAUCAAAAGGAGAAAUCCAAAAAAAAGUUUAUUAGGUCGCAAAAAAGUUGUUUCGAAGUUCUUUACAGCGAAUUUCCAAAAAAUUCUGGAAGUUGAAAAUUUCAACUUGAAAUAUUAGAACUUUCCUUUUUUAGUAAUAUAAAGGAAAUAAAAAAACUUUUUUAGUAAUAUAAAGAAAUUUAGGUGGUAUGAAAAAAAGACCAGCGAAAAUACAAACGGCGUCUUUUCCGAUUUUUCCAUAUCGCUAGGGAACUUUCCGACGGCCACCUUCCGCCGAAUCUUUUUCCGACUUUUUUUCUCGAUAAACUUUUCGUUUUGAAUCUACCUAAAGUAGACUAGUUAUCCAUGAUUAAAACACAAAGAAAUAGGAGAAAAUAAUGUUAAUAGAUGUCUUAUAAACCGAAAAAUAUAAGGGAAAAAAGUAGGAAAAAGAUUCGUCGGAAAGGUGGCCGUCGGAAAGUUCCCUGGCGAUAUGAAAAAAUCGGAAAAGCCACCGUUUGAAUUUUCGCUGGUGUUUUUUUCAUACCACCGAAAUUUAGGUUCGAAGGUGCUUUUGAAAAUCUAAACAUAAAUUUUACUGUUAAUAACUUUAUUCUGAGCGAUUUUGCAGAGUUAUCAAGAAAAAUUGAACGAUCCCUAUAACUAUCUGGUACGUCUUCCUGAAGCUGCGAUUAGCAUUUAUCAAAAGGUUUCUGUGUCUAAUUUUUUUCAAUACCUUUUUAUUUUGUUCAAUGCAUAUUGAGCUUCAAAUUGUAAUAAAUACAGUCUCAAGUUUGGAUUUCUAGCAACUAAAUUUUUUUCAACAGAUCAAAGACGAGGUUCCGUCUCAUAGCGAAAAAACUGAUCCAGCCGUCGUGCUUGACGUCAGUUUCUUUUUUCUUCACGUUUUUAUAUUUAUUUUCAGCUUUCUCGUUUCUCCUCCAUCGUCAACCUUCUCAAGUUCCCGCUGUUCCAUUUGAAGAAAAUCAUCGAGUUUUGAUUCAUUUUUUUAAUUUUGAAAGCUUUUAAUGGAAUUCUACGAUUUUCUAAUGUUGCUUCAAGCACUGAGUAUCCCUUGAAAGUUUUUCACAAAUUUUUAGAUUUGUCGCGCGAGAAAAGUCUUAUUAUUUUGCUGAUGAGGUUACUGGUCUCGCAGUGGAACUUUUGAACCGAAACCGGAGCAGUUUUUUACGCUGAUCCCAAAUCUAAGAGUCAAAAAUGCCGAGGAGGUCCGUGGAAAAGAUUAUGAACACUUGAAGUUCAACAAAUCAUUAUUCCUGUUUGAACUUUUUUUUGAAAGGUCUCUUCAAAAUUUUCCAGUGGAGUGCUAGGUAUUUAUGUUGAAAUAGGUCUUUUUCGAUGUUUCUCAUGUCUGUAAUAUAGUCAGUGUGCCAAGACUUGAAAUUCCACCGGACGACAUUCCGCUGUUCCGCUGCGUGCGUUCGCGAAGAGUUUUUCGAAUCUAGGUCACGCUUUCAAUUGUGUUGGAGCAUAACGCUUAUAUUAAGCUGAUUCUAGAAUGUUCUAUAGUAUUCUAUAGAACAUUCUAGAAUCAGCUUAAUAUAAGCGUUAUGCUCCAACAAAUUGACUUUUAUUGCUGUGGUAGCGCAAGAAAGUAGAAAACCUUGAUAAAAGGAAAAAAAAGUUUAAGCGCGGCCAAAGUUCGCAAAAGCGCCAGCGGCACAGCGGAAUGUCGUUUGGUGGAACUCCAAGUCGCGGUACACAGGCCAUACUUCAUUCGCAGAUUUUGACCAAGGAUUCGUAAUCAGCGUGGGAAGCUGCAUACAAUGACCUUUUGAAAAAUUUGAAAAAAAAGGCCCCAGGCUUCAGAACGCCUUUUAAAGUGACUACUUGAGCUUUACUAACUAGGAAACUACUCGGACUCGGGUACGCGGAUCGAGUUCAAAUUUUAGUGGUUUAUAGACCUAAGUCGGAAUACUUGAAAACAAGAGUGAAUAUCUGUUAAACCCAAUAGAGAACUGAGAAAAAAUUAGUAGAAAAUGUGAAAAUUAGGCCUGAAAAUGUUCAGAAUACUGCUUUUUACCUUAUUUUAUAUUUUAAUACAAUCGUCUUGAAUGAUCCGGCUAUGAUAUACUUUAAAAAAAAUUUUUCCAGCCAAAAUAAGGAGGAAAGCAGAAAUUUGAUAAUUUUCAAGCCUAAACUGUUCAUUUUUAAAAAGCUUUUUCUCAGAAGCCUAUGGGGUUUAGCAGAUAAUCUCUAUUGUUUCCAAGUACUCUUACCCGGGUCUACAAUCCACCAAAGAUUCAACUCGAAAAGCGUACCCGAGUCCGAGUAGUUCCCUAGUAAGUUUCUUUUUCUAGAAAUCCUGAAUUGAUUCCGGUUUUCGCAAGCGCCGGCGCCAAUGUCAACGCCAAGAACUACGAUAACCAAACGGCUCUGGCCUCAAUGUUCUACUCCCGUUUCAAGCGUCGUCCUGAAACCGAUUCCGAUUCUGAUGAUGAGGACGACGACUCGGAUGAUUAUUACGAUUAUGAUAGCCAGUGUGAAGAUGAAUAUGAAGACGACUUCGAUCUUCUAAGAUAUUCGGACAGUGAUUCUGAUAGCAUUGAAGAAAACAAUUAUUAUGCAGAUGAUGUAAAUUUUGACAGGUAGAUUUCCGUUUCAUGUGUUUUUAACGCUACCGUUAUAAAAUUUUUAGCUUAAAUUUCGUAUUUUAAUGAAAAAAAUUAAAUAUUCAGAUUCCGCUAUUUAAGCUAUUAGGUCGCUAUAGCCCAUUCCGCGCCAGAUUAUCACGUUUUUUCGCCAAAAAUACCGUAUACCAAAUUAGGUCAAAACUGAGCAUUUUCCCUUCAAGACCUUUCCUUUUUUGCUGUCUUUUAGCAGUUUUGUUGAGCAAAAGGUAGCUUUUUCUUUUCUGUUCAUUUAAAAUGUGACCGCGGAACGCACUAUUUUGUUAAUUUUGCAUCAUCAUUUUUGAACUCUUAUUUUGCAUUUUCCGAUGGUGGGUCUCUGUACAACUGCUUAUCGAAAACGGCUCGAGGGUCUUCGUCCGCGACAAGACAACUCGUCGCGUCUUCCGGCAUCUACAGAAACAUGAAGACGUCGAAGAUCUUUUCGUUCUUGGUUUUUUUUUCUUCAUAUCAGUCUUUAAAAGUUAUUUUUUUUUUUAGGAAACUACAUCACGCUCCAGGACAUGUGCGCAGAAGUCGUCGAAGCAACUUACAAAAAAGAAUACUUGCAGAAGAAAUUGCCGUCGCAUUUGUCGAGAUACCUCGGCCUGUAA